UAGCUAAGCAGCCCUUUUUAAUGAAUAUUUAUAAUUAGGGUGGAUAAAUACCCUGCACAAAGCUGCAGGAGCAGGAGAGAUCCGCUGUGAGUCCGAGCUGAUAAAGAAUUCCGGCUCUCUGGUACCUCCAGCUGUGCCAGGGAGUUCACUCCGGCUGAUUUCGUGCCACCGUGGACUCUCCUCUCCAUGGCCCCCGUGGCUCAGGCCCUGGCCGUGCUGGCAAUGGCCGUGGCCACCGUGGCCAUCCAAGUGGUGCCCCUGGACAUGGCCCAGACGUCCUUUGAUGACCAGUACCUGACCUGCGCCCACGACAUGGCCAAGCAGCUGCCCCAGCUCAACAGCACCGAGUUCCUGCAGAACGCCGAGUUUGCCCAGGCCUGGCCUAAGGCCCGGGCGGCGUGGCAGGCGCGGGGCAGCCCCGUGGCCCCUCUGAGCCAGGCCCAGGCCAUCGCCGUCAUGGCCUACACCAUGAAGGACGUGCACCGGCCGUUCAACGCGGCCGUGCGCGAGGCCGGCGGCUCCCGCCAGCGAUACCACAACAACUUCCACUUCAAAACUCUGCACUUCCUGCUCACGCAGGCCCUGCAGCGCCUGAGGGAGCCCGGCCGCUGCCAGGACGUGUUCCGGGGGGUGAGCGGGCUGCGCUUCCAGGCCAGGGCGGGCGACAGGGUUCGCUUCGGGCAGUUCGCGUCCACGUCGCGGAGCCGCGAGGUGGCGGCGCGGUACGGCACGGACACGCUGUUCCACGUGCACACCUGCCACGGCGCCGACCUGCGCCGCUUCUCGGCCGAGCCCGGCGAGAGGGAGGUGCUGGUGCCGCCCUUCGAGACCUUCGAGGUGGCCGCGGUCACGCGGGACGGGGACACCGUGAGCAUCGAGCUGCACUCCAGCGGGAACUUCAGCAACUACGAGUGCGAGUGGCUGCGAGGUGACGCGGGGGGACGCGGCCCGGGGACGCGGGGACACGGCCAGGUGGGACCUUCCCCAGGACCUCCCCCCACCUCUGGGGGCCUCUCCUGGUCACUGUGGCCAUGACAGUGGUCACCAGAAGCCUCUGAGCCAUGAGGCCACCAAGACCACAGUGACCUCUGAGGCCACUGUGGCCACCAUGAUCACGAGGCCACCAGGACCCCCAGAGAGAUGAGGCCACCAAGGUCACUGUGGCCACUACGGUCACUUUGGCCACCAAGGCCAUUGUGGCCACUAUGGUCACUUUGGCCACUUUGGUCCCUAUGACCACUCUGGGCACUGGAAGCGCCGUGGUCACCAUGGCCACUGUGGCCACCACGAAGCCACGGUGGCCACUGUGAUCACUGUAAUACCGAGGCCACCGUGGUUACCAAGGUGACCGAGGUCACUGUGGCCAUUGUUGCCACCGUGGCCACUGUGAGGAGUGGCCCGUCCAGGGCAGCAGGAGCAGCACAGGGGGGCUGGAGCUGCCAGAACAGAUGGACAGACGGACAGUGCCGGACAGAUGGACAGCAGGGACCGGCCAGCGCCCGGGGCUGGCCGGGCACUUCCCAUGGAGGGGUUUGGGAGUGGCAACGGCACAGACACCUCCUGCAGCUCCUUGGCUACCACCUACAGAUCACUGGCCAUCUCCUACAGAACACUGGCCACUUCCUAUGGCUCACUGACCACCUCCAACAGCUCCUUGGCCACCUCACCUGUGGAUCAGAAAAAUUGCUGCUUGUUCACCUGGAGUAUCAAAUGUUUAUCAAAAUUUGAUCCUUGCUCACCUGGAGUAUCAAAAGUUUAUCAAAAAUUUGAUUUUUCUCA